AGUGUAAGAAGCAAUUUUUUCGAAGCACCCUAAUUUUUUGAUCCUAAAAUAUCUUGUCCAAUCCUGUAUUAGUUCUAUUCUGAAAUAUAAUAUAGUCAUCGUAUAAUCUUCUGUAAUUAUUUGCAGGAGUUGGAAAUCUGAACCCAAAAAAAAAAAAAAAAAAAAAAAAAAACAGAAAAAAAAAAAAAGAAGGUUCUUUGGUUCACUAUUAAUUGUUAAGAGGGCCAUCUCAUGGAUAAUAAUAAGCCGGUGGAAGUUGUGAGGAUUCAAAUGGGGAAUUUUGAGACAAUAUUCACUAAGAAGCAAUCAAGCAAGCAAGAUGUUAGCUUUAUGAUCACUAGUAGUGCAAAUUCAUCAAAGGAGUUGAGAACAAAAAUAAAGGAAAUCCUUCGUUCAGAUGGGCAAUACCUUCCAAUUUUGAAAAAGGUAUUUCUAGUCUCAUGUGUGAUCGCAAUCACAUUGGAUCCUUUAUUCCUUUACGUUCCCUACAUAAAUGAGAGAAAAAAGUGCCUAGAAAUGGACCAAACAUUGAAGAUUGUAGCACUUGUUUUGCGAUGUUGCACCGACAUUUCUUACCUAAUCUAUAUCAUUUUUCAUACGCGUAAUGGAUUUCAAAGAAAGGCUGCCAGGGCAUUGGCAACGGCCCAAAAAAGUGGGUUUAUUGGAAAAGCAGAGGCAAUAUCUUGGAGGAUACCCUGGUCACUCAUGCUAAUUGAUAUUCCAGCUAUUCUUCCACUCCCACAGGUGAUAAUUGUAGUCUUCUUUACCAAGAUGUGGGGCUCGAGAUAUUCGAGCAAAAGGAAAUUUCUAAACUUCCUUGUUGUGUUCCAAUAUGUGCCACGGGUUCUUCGAAUCUACAGAUCGUGUAAGAAACUUGGAACGAUUCCAAGCUCACUUAUUGGACUUGUCUGGAAAGGUUCAUUCAAUUUGUUACUCUACAUUAUUGCCAGUCAUGUGCUGGGAGCCUGGUGGUACUUCUUAUCUGUUGAACGAGAGGCUGAAUGCUGGCUCAAAGCCUGUAAAAAUCAUGGUGGAUGUGCUGCUGCUAGUUUUGAUUGUAAUGAUAAAACCUACUCCACCGCGAGCAAUCUGACCAUUUUGAAUGAGUUUUGUCCUAUAAAUCCACCAAAUGCAGAUGAUUUUGGAAUAUAUCUUGAUGGUAUUCUCUCUGGUGUUGUUAGCUCAACGGAUUUUCCAAAAAAGCUCGUCCAAUGUUUCUGGUGGGGUCUCCGAAAUCUCAGUUCUUUUGGUCAAAACCUCAAAACAAGUAACAACGUCUUGGAAACUUGCUUUGCUGCUCUUAUUUUAAUCACCGGCUUGCUUCUAUUUUUAUAUCUUAUUGGAAACCUGCAGACAUACAUGCAAUUGGCAACUGCAAGAUCAGAGGAGAUUAGACAGAAAAUGAAAACCAAAGAACCAGAAAUAGAUUUAUGGAUAUCCAGCAGUGGCAUCCCUGAGAACGAAAAAACCGUGGUCAUGCAACAAAUACAAUACGCAUUGGAACAUGAGAAAGAUGUUGAUUUUGAAAAUCUUCUGCGACAUCUUUCCUUGUAUCAUAAAGAUAGUCUUAGAAAGGGCAACCUCAGUCUGGAUGAGCUACGCAAGACAUAUAUGAAGUUAGCAGCCACAAGAUCAGAAGAGAAAAGGCAGCAAACAAGAAUGAAAGAACGAAAAGCAGAGUUGUGGAUAUUGAGAAACGGCAUUCCUAGAGAUUUAAAGCCAAUAAUCAUGCAACAUACGCGAUACAGAUUGACAGACAACAAAGAAGUUGAUGUACAGAGUUUGCUCUCUCUACUUCCUCUGGAACACCGAAAGGCUAUCAAGGAACACCUCUGCUUGGAUGUGCUAAAGAAAGUGCCAAUACUUCAAAAUAUGGACGAGAAAGUGUUUGAACAUUUUAUUGACUUUCUCAAGCCGGUGGUUUACUCUGAAAACAGCUACAUUAUUCGAGAGGGAGAACCACUUGACUUGAUGCUAUUCAUCACCCAUGGCAUUGCAUUGACCUUCACGACUAGUAGCAAUGGAGGAACUGGUUCCAAAUGCAUUCAAUGUCUUCAGAAAAGAGAUAUCUUUGGAGAGGAACUUUUAAAUUGGACAUUGAAAUUUGCCUCCUUUACUGACCUCCCCAUCUCCACCACAAAUGUCAAAGCCCACACAAAAGUUGAAGCUUUUGUUCUUACAGCCAAUGACUCAAAGACUUUAGUCACUAGUUUCUGGUGGCUAUUCAGAAAGCAGCUCCGCCGUUCAACUAAAUCUGAGUUGAAGCGACUUGAGCCAUUUGCUCUAUCUGCUGUAAAAGAAGCCCGGCGCAGCGUCAAAAAGUCAAAAGAAUCUCUAAGUACUCCAUUUUAGGCCCUAGUAGUAUUUACCACCAAUGCACCAUGCAUUUUAGUUUUUGAAACAGAGGGUCUGAGAAAACUUGGAAAAACUGAAAAUAGAAGUACCUCCAGGUAAGCCCUUGUCAAUCAAACUAAAUUGUAUCUGAGAAAUAGAAAUUCUUUCCUAUUUAUGCAAUUGAGACUGUUUGAUUGCAUAUUUGUGAAGAAAAGUAGCCAUAAUAAUUGGUUCCCAUUCAUAAAUAGGUGAUCAGAGAAUAACAGAGAAUAUGUAGGAGAGCAUAUGUGUCAUUUUUGAAAAUUGGUUAUAUAUGUGAUAACUGACCAUAAUAAAAAUAAUAAGUAAACGAAUUUUGGGUAGCGACAAUUUUUCUUCUUCUCAUUAACUCAUAUAUAGAUAACUAAUAUGUCUCUUAAUGAAAAUCUUAUCUGAAGAUAAACAUCAAUGGCAUAAUCUUUGCUAUUAAGGAAAUAAAGUAAAACGCAAAGUAAAAAUUACAUCUGCAAGUCAAGAACUCGAGGACAAGAGAGUUGAAGGGAGACAAGAAUGGUUUUCAUAUUUCAUGAUCGAAGGGUGUUUUCAUAUUUCAUGAUCGAAGUGUGUAAAGUCUUUGCUUUUCAACUCUCCAAGAAAUAAACUGCGAAAGCAUACACGAGCGAAGUUGGCCGAGUGUAUUCUCCUCACACCCACAUCCUUGAGGUCGUGAGUAUGAGAGUGCGUUCGAGAGUGAUUUCUAGAGCUUUAAAAGCAGUGCAAAGAGACUAAAAUCACUUCCUAGACCACAAGAAGAAAAAGGACCAUCAAUCUUCAACAGUGUCAACAGGGGUAAAGUCAUCACAACAAGUUAUCAACAAGCAAUAGGAUUCCUAUACUUCCUCCUCCUUGAACAAUUUGUUUGGUAGGCUUCCUUUAA